AUGGCCAGCCACCUCAUCGGUAACCGCAACAGCACGCCGGACGCCUCCAAGUCCAGCCUCCGUCCUCCGUCGUCUUCUCGGAAUCUGGGCACCCACCAGCUACGCGCAUCAGCCGAUAUGUCGGGUUUUCCAUCUCCGCUGUCCUCUCGCAGCAUCCGUCCGUCGUCGGAGGUGUAUUACAACCAGCAGUCUCAGGCUCAGAACAACGCGGAGGAUCCCCUGGACCGUGCGGCCCAGCAGUGGCUUGCUGAUAUCGAUCAGUAUGAGACUACUCUGGAGGAAAUGGCAGCUGCCACGCUGGACCAGGACUUCAAGGACGAACUGAGUGCUAUCGAACAGUGGUUCCGUGUGCUCAGUGAGGCCGAGAGAACCGCUGCUCUUUACGCUCUGCUGCAGCAGACCACGCAGGUGCAGAUUCGUUUCUUUAUCCAGGUUCUCCAGCAGAUGGCCAAGAGCCAUCCGAUGUCGGGACUCUUGUCUCCUGCCAAUUUUGGCGAGAAAGAUGCCAUGUCCAACCGUCUGAACGAUGCGAUGUCGAAGUUGAACAUUGACAGCUCGCGCAACUCUCUCGGUCGGCCUCCACCUUCCCCCGGUGCCAAGCGUAACUCGGGCCUCGACUCUUCGACCAUCAAUGCCAUGUUCCCCGAUGCCGCCGCGGCGAUCGCCAAGAAGAAGGCUGAAUUCACCCAGCAGACGGGCAACGCGCCGCCUUCCAACCGCAACAGCGCUGUGUUUGGCGACCGGUCUUCAUUCAUUGCGCCGACCAUCUCCGGCCCGGACAACACGGACAAUCUGGGCCAGCCCCCCGCUUCUCCAUGGGUCCAGAGGGGUGCCAACGAGCCGCAGCCGCCUAUUGCUCGGCCCAAGUCCUCGUCUGGCCACCAGCCGAUGGGACAGUUCAGCCAGUCGUCGGGUCUACGCUCUCCGCAUCCCACGCAGACGGCCACGAUGCCUGCCCCUGAAAUCGAGGCACCUCUCCUGUCGCCGUACAAUGUGGGAAAUGCCAGUUGGGCGUCCAUGACCAACACUCCAAUGACGGCAACAUUUGGCCAGCAGGUGCAUCAGCCGGCGAAUUCGCAGGCCGACAUGGUCGCGAACGCGACGGCAAUGAAGCUGGCCGCUUUGUCUACGGUCAAUAACCGCAUCGCACUGGACGAUGCGCGCAAGUACCGCCGUGCUCGCUCGAACGAUGGGCAAGGGCGAAAUACUACCGCAUCUAUGAAGCAAACCAUUCAUCAGGGUGGCCUCGCCAGCCACGGUCUUCCGGGAGGGGCAAAUCACCUGGUUGCGGGACAGCUUCUGAAUGCUCAGCAGCUUGCCGCGUUGCAAGCGCAGCAGCAGGCCGCGAUGGCGGGUCGCCGGUCCCGCCCCACCUCUCCUGGCAUUGCGAUGCAGGGUGGCCUUGGCGCGAUGGGGUUCACCUCACCGCAGAACAAUGGAUUCCUUGCUGCGUAUGACCCGAACAAUCCUCUACUGGGUAAUGGAUUGGGCGCCUUGGGUCUCGGCCAGUUUGGACUUGGUGGCCACGAGGGUUAUCUGUCCGACCACUCGGAGGUUACUCGCGGUCGUUCUCCACGGGGUCGUCGUGGCAGCUCCAAGCCGCCAGAAGAUCCCACUGACCCGGCUCUGUUGAAGGAUAUCCCCAGCUGGCUGCGGUCUCUCCGUUUGCAUAAAUACACCGAUCAGCUCAAGGAUCUCAAGUGGACUGAGCUGGUUGAGCUCAACGACAAGGCAUUGGAGGAGCGUGGUGUGAAUGCUCUUGGUGCCCGCAACAAGAUGCUCAAGGUGUUUGAGCAAGUUAGAGAGGCCAAGGCUGAAGGAAAACUCGACAACAUUGCGUGA